GCGUUAGGACCCCGCGGACGCCGGUUAAAUGCUCGGCCGAGCGGCACCUGUUGCGUUCAAAAAGGGAAACCGGGACGAUGAUGUGCUGUCUUUCUGCUCGGAGAUCCUUCUAACAAACAAGUCAGCGAGUCAGAGUUUUACCACAUCCUUGCUGAACGCUCACACACACACACACGCACGCACGCACGCGUGAGUGAGUGAGCGAGCGAGCUCACCGCGCGAGACGGGAAAUAACGAGUUUAUCGUGCACGCGAUCUGAGUGACGUUAUCUCCAGGAUGCGCCUGAGACGUCGUGUCUCGCCACUGAAGCUGGCCCUGCUGGGUGGUGCGCUCUUCAUGCUGGUCCUUGUGGUGCUUCAGAGGGACGUGGGAGGUGGUAGUGAGGAGCCCUGGUUCCAGGAUUUAUCCAACCGGAAGGAACAAGUGCUGGAAUUAGUCCGCAACUUGGCCUUCCAGAUUCCAGGCCAACCAGGCAGUCCACAGCAGCCUGCAGAAGUGGAUAAAAAUUGCCCCUCAGGAUUUUACACCCAGGCUGAACUCAAACCGUUGUUCGAGAGGCCGCCGGAGGAUCCGCAGAGCCAAGGUGCUGGAGGGAGCGCGUUCCAGAAGGACGAUCUCACUCCGGAUGAAGUGAAGGAGAAGGACGAGGGCAUGACCAGACACUGCUUUAACCAGUUCGCUAGCGAUCGGAUCUCUCUGCACCGCAGCCUUGGAGAGGACACCCGGCCUCCAGAGUGUGUGGAGCGUAAAUUCCGCCGGUGUCCCCCUCUUCCCACGACCAGCGUGAUCAUCGUGUUCCACAACGAGGCCUGGUCCACACUGCUGCGCACCGUCCACAGCGUGCUAUACACCACCCCAGCCGCCCUGCUGCGCGAAAUCAUAAUGGUGGAUGAUGCAAGCACGGCAGGUCAUCUACACUCUCAGCUGGAUGAGUACGUAAAGAUGCUGAAGGUGGUUAAAGUCGUGCGUCAGGUGGAGAGGAAGGGACUCAUCACGGCCCGACUGCUGGGAGCCAGCCACGCUCGGGGCGAGACCCUCACCUUCCUCGACGCUCACUGUGAGUGUUUCCACGGCUGGCUCGAGCCACUGCUCGCUCGAAUCGUGGAAGAGCCGACGGCCGUCGUGAGCCCUGAAAUCACCGGCAUCGACUUAAACACGUUUAAGUUUAACAAGCCUGUGGCCACUGCACGCGCUCAGAACCGCGGAAACUUCGACUGGAGCCUGACGUUCGGCUGGGAGGCCAUUCCUCAGUACGAGCAGGCAAAGCGCAAAGAUGAGACAUACCCUGUCAAAACACCAGCCUUUGCUGGUGGUUUGUUCUCCAUUUCCAAAGCGUAUUUUGAGGAAAUUGGAACGUAUGACGACAAAAUGGAGAUCUGGGGUGGCGAGAAUGUGGAGAUGUCCUUCAGGGUGUGGCAAUGUGGAGGCCAGCUGGAAAUCAUCCCGUGCUCUGUGGUCGGUCACGUCUUCCGCACGAAAAGUCCGCACACUUUCCCCAAAGGAACUGAAGUCAUCGUGCGCAACCAGGUCCGCUUGGCUGAGGUUUGGAUGGAUGACUAUAAGCAAAUCUAUUACCGCCGCAACCGGAAUGCAGCCAGGAUGGCCAAAGAGAUGAACUACGGUGAUAUCACAGAAAGGCUGAACCUCCGGGAAAGGUUACGCUGCAAGAACUUUACCUGGUAUUUGAACAACGUCUACCCAGAAGCCUUUGUUCCAGAUCUUAACCCUAUUAAAUUCGGAGCAAUCAAAAACUUGGGGUCUCAGAACUGCCUGGAUGUGGGGGAGAAUAAUAAUGGUGGAAAGCCAUUGAUUAUGUACGUGUGCCACAACAUGGGAGGAAACCAGUACUUUGAGUACUCAUCACACAAGGAGCUGAGGCAUAACAUGGGCAAACAGCUGUGCCUGCAUGCCACCUCAUACCCAGAGCAAGUGCAGAUAGAGCAGUGUCAGCUGAAGGGUCGGGGUACCAACGUCGCCCCUCAGCAGGAGUGGAUCUUCACCGAGGAGCAGUUAUUAAAAAAUCCUUCCUCAGGUAAGUGCCUGCACUUGAUGAACAACAAGGUAUUCAUGAGCCCCUGCAACUCAAGAGACCUGCAUCAACACUGGGUGCUCAGCUGAUCUCUGUCUCUGUUGGAACGAAGUCGAGAAUCCAGCCAGAAGGACAGCCAUAACUUGGGCUCAUAUGCUCACUCCUGGCCCAUCUAUGUGAACUGAUAGCAUAUGGGUCAUUUACAUCCAUGCAAUGGACCAAACUUUGGGGGGAAAAAAAAACAAAAACAAAAAAAAACUUUGAGAGUCAGGAACGUGAGUUGAGGCACCGUCUCUAAAACUGCUGCACUGUGGGACAGCAUCAUCUGACGGCAGUAUUGUUUACAUGCAUUCACCAAACGUGUGCUUUCAACCUUUUUGCGUUUCAGCCUUCAAACUGCUACUUUUAAAGAUUUUAUUUAUGUUUUAAAAAGUGUGUAAUAAGUAAUUGUAUUUAAUUUUUAUUUUCUUUUAAUUGAAGGCAGAUGAGACGGCCUUUAAUUUGCCAAUCAGACAUGGUGUAUUGUAUUUUGUCAUAAGAUCAUUCCGUUAUCCUGCCACAAGCCAAACUCCAGUGGGGUGUUUCAUCAAGAAAGAUUGAUUACUUUUUUUUGUUUGUUUGUUUGUUUGUUUGUUUUUUAAGUCUAGUCAGAAAUCAUGGUACUCUUGUCUUACCAGACAUUCUAAUACGUGCAACUUGAGUUAUUUAAUGGUGUCGACACUCCUGAUUGGGAAAGAUCUCCAAGACUAUUAAGUGAAAACAUUGAAAUGGAUACUAUUUGUCCUUGCUGUAAUUAAAGCAUUCUUGUGACUUUU